UAUAAAACGGACCCUCUGACCUGUGUUUAGUAUCAGUCGUUCAUUUGUCUUCAGUAGUGCAUCACUAGAAACUCAAAUCAGCCAACAAAUAAAAUCAUAAUGCAAUUCCAAGUAUCUUUCGCUCUGCUCGCCAUGGUCGUGUGCUUCGCCGCUGCUGCCGAAGAAGCCAAACCGCAGUCCGCUACAUCCGCCACCGACAGAAGCAAACGGGGUUUGAUUGCCCCGCUGGUCGCCUCCCCUUACGUAGCAGCACCAUACGCCGCCGCCCCUUACGUAGCAGCCCCGUAUGCCGCUGCCCCGUACGCAGUCGCUAGCCCGUAUGCCGCUGCCACUCCAUAUGCAAUUGCUUCUCCAUACGCCACCCCAUACGUUUCCUCGUACACAAGCUACCCUUAUGUAGCCAAGGCUUUGGCUUCCCCAUACACUUACUACCCAUGAACACGACCAAGUCCAUUUAUAUUUCUCCCACAGCACAUACAAUCUUCAAUUCUCAAGUUAUUUCAUAGCGAAAUAAUUGUAUAAAAACCCAGAUUAACUAACAUCAAAAUGUAUACAAAAAUGUUAUGUUUUGUUAAAAUGUAAAUAAAUACUAAAUUGUUCAAAAACUUGUUGUUUUAUUCAUUGUUGCUUAUACAUUAUACCAUAAAAUGAAUUGUAUACUUUAAAA